UUUACUUCUCAACCAACUUGACGGAGGGCCACCUAGUACCACGUCUUUGGGAACGAGAGUAUUUGACGUUGUUGAAGGCGUUCGGCACGCGGCUCACCAUCGUCUAUGCCGCGAUGCCCCGAGCUAAGUCGUCUGCCUAAAGCGCAGCGUGUCGCGUCCAUCAAGUUUCGCAACCAGACGCCAGGUCGGACCGCGGCGCUCAUCGGUUUCGAGCCGGUUCGACCCGCCGAAUUCCUGGACCGUAACCAUCCUCUCGCUAGUCAGUACCGGCCUGACCUGAAGAGACCUCACACCCCUCAGUGGAGAUCUCCCGACGGAAUCCUUGCUCUUCGCGUAUUCCCUCGCGCACUGUUGGCACGUCCGCUAACCCCGUGGCCAAAUCCUCCAUGGCCUCCGGCCAGUAUCUAUCCUUCUCGAGAGGAUGCAGAAGUGAUCUCUAAGAAUGUGGUUGGCAUGUCCGUCGUGUGUGUCAUAGGCAAAAAGACGGUACACAAGUCGGCCGUCAUCCGCAGGAAGAUCGCGGGAAGAAUCAAGACGGCGUUGUCAUUGAUUGUCACUCGCGGAGCGGACAUCGGAAUUCGGAGGACCGCGAAUGGCAAGGAGCUCAAGUCGCUCACGUUUGAUCCGGAGGGUGGGGGUGGCCAGAAAUGGGUUCUAUCCGACUGGACGUAUUGCUUCCACCCGGGCCUGGCAAUCUAUCGUAUGACAUACCCCGACCUCGUCUCCCUCUUGCGCUCUGCUCUUGGAUCGGUCAAGACCAGGGCUGAGACCAUGGAGAAAAAGUGGGCAUCACGCUUACCCAAGAAAGAACCCCUAUCUAGAGCGUUGGCGUCAGUGAAACCCGUACCGCAACUUUUUUUUCCCUCGAGGAAAGCUUUCCGCUCGGAGUCCGCCAGCAACCCGCUGCAUGAUACGUUAUCAUUGCCCGAGAACGAAGUCGUACUUUCGGACAGGACUAAACGAAGAUAUGCUCCAGUCGAAAGCGAAGCUCCAUCGGAGUUUCCCAAGGUCACUGUCGGCAAGGACAAUCGUACCGGAAAGAGCUAUCAGCUCUAUCAGAGAAAACCUCUGGUCAAGCAAAGAUUCUCUCGACCCAGCAAAUCCCGAGGACAGUAGUCCAUCCCUCGCUUUGUACAUAUACAGGGUGGCCAACAUAGGCAAUGCUUUCAUCGCGCUCCCGGCCACAGGAAGCCCUUCAUGGACUCAGAUGCGAUGGUUCUCGAACCAUAUCGCUGCGGGAUCAAACUGCAAGAACACUCGCUGAGGGCGCAGUGGCUGUGCGGGGGAGGAGGCGGCCUUACCCUUUUGUGGCCUUACAAUUGAGGCGUACGGCACGAAGAUCGGGCAUUGUUGAUCGGUUCAACGCGUAUAUAUGGCCCUUCCUCAAGCCCUUCUUUUUCGACUUGUUCACCC